AUGGCUUGUGAUUUUUAUGGAAACGAUCUUUGGAGCGUUCGAAUUGCACCAGAACUUUGUGGUGGAAAAUGUGCUGAAACACGGGGUUGUACUCAUUUUACUUGGAGCCGAUGGGAUGGUGGUACAUGUUGGAUGAAAAAGGGUCCAGUUUCCAAAGAUAACGCCUUCGCAACCAAUGAUCACAGUAUGGUCUGUGGUGUAAAUCAUGUCAAACCUAACAAAGAGCCCAACGUCAGGUCAAACAAGCGAGGUAUUGCCUGGCCGAUGGAAAACAAACAAGACUCACCCAGUGUUUUUUCUGGUGGAAAAAUCUCCUGGAUUUACAAUUGGUCACCUUAUAAGUCCAAUGUCGCUGGUAUAGAAUUUGUUCCAAUGUUGUGGAGUACAAACAAAGGUCAUGAUGGAAAUAAAUUCUUCAACCAGGCGAAAGGUGCCCGUUUCGUACUCGGUUUCAACGAACCGGAGCGUGGUGACCAAGCAAAUAUGAAUCCAGUGGAUGCAGCACAUGCCUGGAAACAAUACAUUGAACCUCUUAGAGCUCAGGGUGCUCGACUAGGUUCACCGGCUAUUGCUUCGACUGAUCAAGGGUUAAAGUGGAUGCGACAAUUUAUGAACGAACUGGAUAAAAUCGGUGGGCGAAUUGACUUUCUUGCUUUACACUGGUAUGGUCGAGGCGUGGAUAACUUUAUCAACUGGAUUACGAAAGUUCGUGAGCAUUUCGGCAAUAAAUAUCCUGUUUGGGUCACAGAAUUCGCCUGCACAUCUUGGAACUCAUGGCAGCCGGUCACGCAACAAGAAGUCAACGAAUUUAUGAGACAAAGUAUUGCCAAACUAGAUGCAUUAAGCUGGGUUGAACGCUAUGCGUGGUUCGGCGCACAGCGUCAUUUGGAUUCUGCACUUGGUUCUACGAACUGUUUGAUUGCACCAAAUGGACAACUGUCCAAAUUGGGUCAAAAAUAUGUUCAUAGUCUUUAA